AUGGACUUAUCUUAUAAUCUGGUAGCUUCAAAAUGUGCCGAGCAAAUGGCAAAAUACCAGGAGUGCGUACUGAGGAAUCAAGCAGGUGACUGGAACACGAUAUGCCGACCAGAAGGUAAAGCUUUAGCAGCAUGUGCGGACGCCAGUGUACCGCAUCUCUCGGAACUAAAGAAUUCGUGCGCCGAACAAAUAUUCUCAUAUAGACAAUGUCUAGAUAAACAUGCUUCUCAACCCGAAGAAGUGAUAAGUGAGAAUUGUGCUGGAUUGAUGAAAGACCUUUGGGAAUGCAGUGAGAGGACAAUGAAGGUCAUUGAGGAAAGGGAAGGGAAGACAUCAAAGCUAGUAUAA